GGAAGUGCCGGUGCGCCGACGAUGGCGGACCAUGGCGGCGGCGCCGACCUCUGCUCCGUCUCGGUGGUGUCCUGCCUGCUGCUGGCCUGCGGCUACGUGGGCAGCCUGUACGUGUGGAGGAGCCGGUUACCCAGGGAUCACCCAACCGUGAUCAAGCGCCGAUUCACCAGCGUCCUGAUCGUCUCAGCACUUUCUCCGUUAUGGGUCUGGGUGUGGCGUCAGUAUACAGGCUUCAAGACAGGUCCGUCGCUGCUGACGUUGCUGGGCAUCCACUUGGAGGGCAUCUUGGCGGCUGCCUGCUUUCCGCUCCUGCUGACCAUGGUGCUGUUCGUUGGCCCACUGAUUCAGCUGGUCAUGGACUACUCCUGGGAUCUCUUCGACGGGUUAAAGAUGUUCCUAGACCCUCGGUGUUGGGCGCAGUGCCUGGCGGACAUGCGUUGGAUGCGGAACCAGGUGGUGGCUCCGCUGACGGAGGAGCUGGUCUUCCGGGCGUGCAUGUUGCCCAUGCUGGUGCCCUGCACCGGCCUGAGCCGAGCCAUCGUAACCUGCCCGCUUUUCUUCGGAGUCGCUCAUUUCCACCACGUCAUCGAGCUGCUGAAGUUCAGACAAGGGACAGUGGUCGGCAUUUUCCUCUCGGCAGUUUUCCAGUUUUCCUACACGGCAGUGUUCGGGGCUUACACAGCGUUUAUCUUCAUCAGGACAGGGCACCUGAUUGGUCCGGUUCUCUGCCAUUCAUUCUGUAACUACAUGGGAUUCCCAGCAAUCGGGGCCGUCAUCGAGCACCCUCAGAAGCUCAUGAUAUUCUUCUUCUACGUGCUGGGAGUUGUCCUCUUCCUCUUGCUGCUCUUUCCCUUGACUGAUCCUACCUUGUACGGGACGCUUGCUAUCUGCCACCUCACCAAACCAGAAACCAGCACCUCGGUCUGCACCUGACCUUCCCCCCUCACCCCCAAAACCCACCCCACCCACCCACCCACCACCGCCCCUCCACUGCCGCGUCCUGUGCGUCCGGCAUUCAGGGAACUUGCCUUCUGGACGACCAGCAGGUGGAUCGAGGGAACUUCUCAGGAACUGGGGGAUCCAGCUCCCGCGAUUCCGGGAGGCGGGAGUUCCCGGAACGGGCACUCGAGUCCGCGGACAUUCUCCGCUCCUCGGCGAGGCUCGCGAGGGAAGCCCCAAUUCAGAUGGACCCAGGCCUCGGCAGGAUGCCUCACAGCCAUCGCCUCCGAAGACUGGACACCAAUGCCCUGGUGCUUUCAAUCAUGUUUCAGCCACUCCUGCGAGUACCAGGGGCAGAAGAAAUUUCGGAGUGCUUCGUUUUCUGCUGGUUUCACCCCCGUCCCAUCCACCUCCUUCGUGCUGUGAAUACUCAGGAUUUGUUUAAAGCUCUCCCCUUACCAUGUGCAUCCAGCGGGGAAGCUCCAUUGCCGUGGCAUCCAAGAUGGCUUCCAGUUGUCUUGCUCUCCGGGACGGGUCUGCUGUUGCCCUCUCGUUCCGGCGUCUUGUGUGCCUGACGGCGUCCCCUCCCCUGCAAGCUUUUGCGUCAGCGGGGUGCACUUCCUGUCCUGACCCGAGAGGCAGGCGGGAGAUGGGAGAAGGUGGUGUGGGAGAGUGGUAACAGGGGAGGGCGUUGCUUUUGAGUGGGGUGGGAUGAGAGAGACCGUCGGGAGAGGACAGUUUGGUUUGAGGCGGACCAGGCAACACGAGCCGCAGCUCACUCCUGAGCCCCUUCAACCCUGCAGUCUUUUGACGGGAUUGGCGGGCUGAGUGUCAGGCCAGGGAGUGGAUGCUCUUGCAGCCUUUCAAGGCUUACGCCGGGGGCGAGGGGUUUACAGAGGGGAGGGGGGGAGUCUUUGCCUCCCUGUUGUAAUUGCUGGCGUUCAAAUUUACCGUUUUACCCCUUCGGUGGAGCACUGAGAGAGGGCAGCCCGUGUCCAAGUCCCCACCGCCACCCAGCUGAGAGCAAGAUUUGGGGCGGGGUGGACAGAGAGAAGCCGGGUAGAGAUGGCCCCUGGACCGAGAGUGGGAGAUUCCCCCUUGCGGUUUCAUGGGAUUGUAGCGCUGCUCUUCGUUUCGAGCUCCUCUCGUGCCGCUGAGCGGCCUGUUCAAAUCAUGCAGGAGGGCCGCAAUUUGAGGAUGGUUCUUACUCCCGGUUCCCCAGCCUGUCGGGUGGGGGUGGUGGGGCAGUAAUUUGGCGCAGAAGGAAUUGGGACGGGUGGAGUUUUCACAGAGUAAUGCAAGAGGUCUCGAUCACCAGACCCCCCCCAAGGGGUGACUGUUUCCGAUCAUUGUGAUCGAUGGCGGCGAUUUCUCCAUUUCCUUCCAACCCCCUCGUUUGGCCGCUGGGCGCCUCCUUCGAGGUAUCAGGCGGCUCUCUUCACCCCAGGCAGGAUACUUUCACUCGGUGACUCUCUAAACUCCCCUUGCACCCCUCCUCCCUGGAGCAGGGUAUCCCAGACAUCUCCCUUUGUGCGGGAUGUAUUGAUCCGCCAGCCGUCCUGACUGACGGAGCUGACUGUGGCGGGUUGUCCAAGCUGGGGACUGGUGUCGACCUUCAGGGGGCAGCAUAACUGAGCUGCACUGGCAUUGGUUGUGAUGCACUUGGCCAGAGUUAGGCAGUCCUGCGCAGUGCUUGCUAGUACCUUUAAACAUAUUUAUUCCUGGCUAAAUGCAGAAAUCCCUUUAAUAAGGUCAGCAGUGGAAUACACAGCUGAGUGUUUCUGAACUGGGAGAACCAAAUCAAAAUCCAACAUGUUGCCCCUUCAAUUGUUUGGGAGAGGGACGUUUCCAGCGGAAUCGUCCCAAUUCCGUCACCUUUAAACAGAAACGUUUUUGAAACCUUUGGUGCCCAGUAGAGGCUGUACAGAUGGCUAUCAGAGGGGGUUUGAGUUUGUCUUCCGAGACGCUGGAAAUACAGGCUGACUGUACUAAAGCAGGUCUUGAGAGUGGGCUGCAGCUCCUGGGUGAACCUAUCCUACAGUUGGAAUAGAGGCGGCCACGUUCACCUUUGGCCCCGGGGCCGGUGAUUGUCCACCGGGGGCACCACUGAAACGAGGACCCGACCUCGUUCCGCUGCUCUUUUGUGGGAGCUCCCGUCCACGCAAUAGUGGCCACUUCAGAAAGCUCGGCAGUGGCUUUGGGCUUUUCCGGGGGGGCCAGGGGACGGUGCUGGAGGCGUACCUACUUUUCUGUAGACAGGCUGCCCAGCGCUCAGGAUCCUUCCGUGGUCCAUACUGAUUCUGCCAGCAGUUGCUGCCCGGGUCUGUAAACUGCAGCUCCCGCCCCAACAAUACAACCUAGAACCUUGCCACCAAUCAAAUCCACCACCAGCAAGCUAACGUUCAGACUUCUGUCCACGACUGCAGUUCCUUAACCUCACUACUGACAAAAAUAUUAACUUCCGUCGAGGAAUUGGGUCCUCCUGUCAAACCAAGAAGAAAAAAUAUUUUUUCUAGCAAUGACCACAGAAAUGUUUGUAAAUCAAGCAAUAUAUUUUCUAAAAGUAACUAUUUUCCUGACAAAGAGAUUGUAUAAUUAACGAAGAGAAACUUUUACUUGAUGUGCAAAAUGGAGCUGACAAUCUUGUACUGUAUGGCAUAGAAUAUAAAUUUCUGAUUUUAAAAAAAAUAUAGAGAGAGAUUAUGUUUAUUGAGGCAAGUCCCAACUUUACAGACAGAAUGGAUUAGUCUCCUGGUCUGCUUGUCCGCCCUGACUUUCCAUUGCAGCCAUGUGCCCAAAAGCAGAAGCCAUUCUUUCUUUCCCGUAAGUCAUUGUGUUUGCUGAUGCUUUGUAUCCAGUUACCAGUCUGUGCUCUGUAACUCUUAAUAACCUUGGUUAGCAAACGUGUGUACCAAUCACCGAUAUAAAACAGUUAACCAAGUCUGCAUCAACUGUAUUUUUGUGGGAGAGAGUUUGACAUCUCAUCCAUUUUUGUUUUGCCUGAACGUAUUCAAUUUUUGUUCUUGUCAAUGGCCGAGCCUUGAACUCUUGUCUG